UCCACGUAUUAGAACUUCCGGUGUUCUCGUGACGUCAAACUUUUUUUCAUCAACAAAUCGAGGAUCUACGCCAAUAAUUAGAAGCAGAAGAUGUCAUAUGCAUACCUUUUCAAGUAUAUUAUAAUAGGAGAUACAGGAGUGGGGAAGUCAUGUCUUCUGCUUCAGUUCACAGACAAAAGAUUUCAACCUGUCCAUGACUUAACAAUAGGUGUGGAAUUUGGAGCUCGAAUGAUAACUAUAGAUGGAAAACAAAUAAAACUACAGAUCUGGGAUACAGCAGGACAGGAGUCAUUCCGCUCCAUCACAAGGUCGUACUACAGAGGUGCAGCGGGAGCAUUGUUAGUGUACGACAUCACAAGGCGUGAUACAUUCAACCACCUGACUACUUGGCUGGAGGAUGCUCGUCAACAUUCCAACUCCAACAUGGUCAUCAUGUUAAUCGGUAACAAAAGUGACUUGGAGGCCAGAAGAGAUGUGAAGAAAGAAGAGGGUGAGGCAUUUGCCAGAGAACAUGGCCUUAUCUUCAUGGAGACUUCUGCUAAAACAGCAGCCAAUGUAGAAGAGGCUUUUAUAAAUACAGCCAAAGAAAUUUAUCAAAAGAUUCAGGAUGGUGUGUUUGAUAUAAAUAAUGAGGCCAAUGGUAUAAAGAUUGGACCUCAGCAUUCCCCAAGCCCUAGCUUGCCCUCCUCGUCAGGUGGUGGAUCCCAGGGAGGUGGAUGCUGUUAAGGCUAAGAAAUCCUUCCCAGUUGAAAAGGGAAGCAACCACAAAGGAAAACUCAAAUUCUGUCGGCAUUUGGGAAUAUUCUGAUCACAUUUUUACACAGUGGAAAAUUAUUACAGGAAAAGUUAUUGUGGCUUUUUUUUGUUUGAAAUCCAAGUUUUUGAUAUUAUUUUUAUCUAUGAAAAAAAAUAUACUGCUGUUAAAGAGAAAUAAUAUCAAUUCAUAUGAAGUAUAUAACAUUUCACUUAGUAUCUUCUCCUAUAUUUCUCAUGAUAAUAUUUUUUACUGUUAUGUUUUUUUAUUUGACUCUUUAUACCUAUGAUAGAUUUAUUUCAUUUCCCAAGAAAAGGUUUCAUUGUGAAAAAUAAUGGGUGUGUCAUGAAGUAACAUGUAAAAUGUUACAAUAUUCCUUUUAAAAAUAAAAUUUCAGACACCAAGUAGGAAAGAAAUCUGAGUAUGUUUGAAUGGUGUAUGUGAUAAAUUUCACCUGACAAAAGAGGUGAAAUGAGUAUGGUAAAUGUAUGUGAGUUAAAAAAUGUUUUAUUUAUGGUUGUAAAAUGUGGUUUAUGUAUAUAGAUUUUAUUUCAUAGUCAUUAAUAUAUGUGUUUAUCUUUUUUCUCUAUGUUAAACCAAUGCUAUCUAUAAUUGCAAUAUUUCAUUUUUGCAAAACAAUUGACUAAAAAACUUCAAAUCAUGCUCUCAUUUUGUGCAAUUUGUAAGUUUACUUUCAUUAGCUGUAUACAAUAGUUAACAUACAACAAGAAUCAGACAACGCUAAAUACAAUACAAGGUUUAAUUGCUUUUUCAAAAAGCACAUAAUCAGAUGACUGGUUAUACAUUAAAAACUUUGUAUUAGUUUCCUUUGAUAAUUACUGUGUUUACUGCAGAUACAUGUAGUACGGUAAAUACCCACAAAUACAUGUACUUCUAUCUUGAAACUUACAACACUAUUAGGGACAUGUAUAUGUGCAAAAAAUGGGAGAAAAAUUUUCUGAUGUUGAAUUACACAUUUUUAUAGAUCUACAAUGAACAAAGUGACAUCUCUGACAUUAAGAUUAAAAUUAUGCAUUAAGUAAAAAUUCUCAAUCACAUACAUUGUACUUCAAUGCCAAAUAAUGUUCUUUUUAUCUAGCGUUGUCUGGUAAAAAUUAGCAGUGUAUAAUGUCCUCUUUGUUGUACAGUUCAUUGUGAAUUAUAGAUUCAAACUUCUACAUGCAAAAAGUAAAUUAAAGGCUAUGUAAUGUGAAGAAA